AAGAUCUAAUUAGUCCUCUUUGUCAAGGUUUACCAAGGAAACCUUCCCUCUGGGGAGUUGGUUGCCAUCAAACGGGCUGCAAAAGAGUCUAUGCAGGGUGCUGUUGAGUUUAAAACUGAGAUCGAACUUCUCUCGAGGGUCCAUCAUAAGAAUCUGGUUGGUCUUGUGGGUUUCUGUUUUGAGAAGGGUGAACAAAUGCUGGUGUAUGAGUACAUUCCAAAUGGCACUUUAAUGGAUAGUCUCUCGGGAAAAUCUGGGAUCUGGAUGGAUUGGAUAAGGAGGCUUAAAGUAGCAUUAGGUGCAGCCAGGGGUCUGGCCUAUCUUCAUGAACUUGCUAACCCACCUAUCAUACACAGGGACAUAAAAUCAAGCAACAUCCUACUUGAUCAUCACCUCAACGCGAAAGUUGCAGAUUUUGGUCUCUCCAAACUUCUUGUUGACAGUGAUAGGGGCCAUGUCACUACUCAAGUCAAAGGGACAAUGGGAUACUUGGAUCCUGAAUAUUACAUGACCCAGCAGUUGACUGAAAAGAGUGAUGUAUAUAGCUAUGGAGUGCUAAUGCUGGAACUAGCAACAGCAAGAAGGCCAAUAGAGCAAGGAAAGUACAUUGUAAGAGAGGUAAUGAGGGUAAUGGACACAUCCAAAGAUUUAUACAACCUUCACUCUAUUCUAGACCCAACCAUAAUGAAAGGAACAAGACCAAAAGGUUUAGAAAAGUUUGUGGCGUUGGCAAUGAGGUGUGUCAAAGAAUAUGCAGCUGAGAGGCCUACAAUGGCUGAGGUUGUGAAAGAGAUUGAGAGCAUAAUCGAGCUUGUUGGAUUGAACCCCAAUUCUGAAUCAGCUACAACAUCAGAAACUUAUGAGGAAGCAGGUGGAGUAAAUGCUCAACAUCCGUACCGGGAAGAAGAUUUUAGCUACAGUGGAAUUUUUCCAUCAACAAGGGUAGAACCCCAAUAGGCUUUGCUUUGCUAUAUUUUUCUUUUGUAAUUCUUUUCCCUCUUCGGAUGCAAUCUCUGAGACCUGGUGUGUCAAUUUUGGAUUCAAAUCCUUAUAUAGGCGAGAGCUUCAGAAAAACUUGCUCUUUGAAAAUGACGAAGGUUCAAGUUGAAUUUUUAAAUUGGUUAUUGGAAGGUUGUACGUAUAUCUUUGUUCUUGUCAUGUAAAAUAGUUUGUUAAUUUUGAAUUGCUGUAAUAUUUGAAUGAAUGUAAGUAUGUUAUACAACGUUGUUCAAAACACAUCAUGCCUGUUUUUCUCU